AAAUAUCUGAAGAACGUGAUGCACAACCAUUCUGCAAUAACAACAUUCAUCCUGCUGGGACUAACAGAUGACCCACGAUUGCAGGUUUUUCUUUCAGUGUUUCUGUUCCUCACAUACAUUUCUACUAUUGUUGGAAAUCUAAUUAUUAUCCUUCUUACUCUGGUGGACUCUCACCUCAAAACACCCAUGUACUUUUUUCUUAGGAAUUUUUCCAUGUUAGAAAUAAUAUUUACAACUGUUUGUGUCCCUCGAUUUCUAUACAGCAUGACAAGUGGGGACAGAAGUGUUACCUAUAAUGCUUGUGCCACCCAGUUAUUUUUUGUCAUCCUUGUGGGGGCAACAGAAUUUUUCCUUCUGACCACUAUGUCCUAUGACCGCUACAUGGCCAUCUGUAAGCCCCUGCACUACGCCACCAUCAUGAAUGAAAGGAUAUGCAACAUCCUUGUUAUUAGCUGUUGGCUGGUUGGGUUGAUUGUCAUACUCCCUCCACUUAGCCUGGGAGUUCAGCUGGAUUUCUGUAACUCAAAUCUCAUUGACCACUUUGGCUGUGAUGCAGCUCCACUUCUGAAGAUUGUAUGCUCAGACACUCAAUUUGUAGAGCAAGUUGUUUUAAUCAUGGCUGUGCUGACCCUCAUAGUCACUCUAGUCUGUGUAGUUGUGUCCUACACGUAUAUCUUCAAGACUAUUUUAAGACUUCCUUCAGCUCAGCAAAGAAAAAAGGCUUUCUCCACUUGUUCUUCACACAUGAUUGUAGUUUCCAUCACCUAUGGAAGUUGUAUUUUCAUCUACAUCAAACCAGCAAAGGAGGGAGUUGCCAUUAAUAAGGUGGUGUCAUUGUUAAACACCUCAGUUAUCCCUUUGAUGAAUCCUUUCAUUUAUACUUUGCGGAAUAAGCAAGUCAAACAAGCAUUCAAGGACUCAAUAAAAAAGAUGGCGUUUCUUUUCAAGAAUUAG